CGUCCCUGUAUACAACAAUUACCCUCCAUUAUUAAUCAUCAUUUAUCAGAGUCUAACAUCAGCGAAGCAUAGCAGAUUAGUUGUUGUUGUUCUUUUCCAGUGGUCGGCUUGCAAAGGUUGACUUUUCAUCGAGAAUUUCAGGGCCCACGAAAGGAUUUGUUUGUGUGUCGCGUGGGGCCAAUGCUUGAAAGGCAGAAUCUUCAUUCUCAUAAGAGUAAGCUUUUUUCGAGGGGCGCAGAGAGAUAGCACCUAUGAGAGGCAACAGCUCUUAUCUUGCGGAGUUUUGAAGAAAGACAGCCUGUUUCAAGCUUUUAUGAGAUCUGUCAUGUUGCUCACGUUGUUUUUGUUCCUGCUUCUUCAGACAGGUUUUCUUUUUGAGCUACUAUAUCAACUUUCAAGAAAAAGUACAAUAAAUAAAUAUCACCAGAAAAUAAAACAGUUUGGUAUGAUCUGGACUCUGGCGUAGUACCCGUUUAAGAUUUAGGGUAUCUUCAAGAAUCUCCACAUGGUACAUAUACUACAUGCUUUUGGUCGAUCGGCUUUACUAUUUCCAAUUCUCUGUGGAACUUCAUUAUUCUUAUGAUCUUAUCCAAGUUGAUAUUCCUGAAGAAUUUGAUCGGUCAUAUUUGGUCAAUAUGGACAGAUUAUCUUGUGAAGACAGGAAUUGAUCCUUGAAGUUAUUCUUGUCAAAUUUAUCGUUGACAUUAGAUCAUCCUGAGGGACCUUCGAUUUCUAAAAUUAAGUGGAAUAACACCGUGAUGGAAGAUGCCAUUUUCUCACCAGGCGCCAUGCUGGGCGGCCCGCCGGAUUCAGCAAUGGACUUCGACUACAUGGAUGAUUUGUUGUUAGACGGGUGCUGGUUGGAGACAACAGGAGGAUCUGAAUUCCUUAAUCCUAGUCCAUCCAGUUCAAAUGCUCUCUUUGAUUCUGCAUCUAUAUGGCCUUCUUCAGAGCCUAACACUGGUGAUUUAGGUGGUGGCCUCCCUCAAGUACAGAAUCAAGGAGAGAAUCAAAGACCAUUGUUGCCAGGGAAUUCACAUGUGAAUGAAACUCAAGGUGAAAGUUGGGUCAGUUCUCAUUUUAGCCACAACUUGGUUGUCGUUGACAGGGAUCACAGUCUACAUGGUGAUUGUAUAACUGACGGUUGUGAACUGAGCAGAAGAUGGUGGAUUGGACCCACAACCAAUCCUGGUCCUACAACUUCUGUAAUGCAGAGGUUAAUUCAGGCACUUGGUUAUAUUAAAGAUUUUGGAAAAGAAAAAGAUGUCCUUGUACAACUAUGGGUACCUGUAAAUAGAGGAGGUAAACGUGUUCUAACUACCAGUGAACAACCCUUUUCACUUGAUCCCAACAGCCAAAAGCUUGCAAGUUACAGGAAUAUCUCUGUUAAUUAUCAGUUUGCAGCAGAAGAGGAUUCCAAGGACAUGGCAGGACUGCCUGGUCGGGUUUUCCUGAGUAAGGUUCCAGAGUGGACUCCUGAUGUCCGAUUCUUUAGAAGUGAUGAGUACCCACGAGUACAUCAUGCGCAACAACAUGAUGUUCGUGGAACCUUUGCACUUCCUGUUUUUGAACAAGGUAGUAGAACUUGCUUGGGUGUUAUUGAAGUUGUGAUGACUACAGAGAAAAUCAGGAUUCGGCCUGAGCUUGAAAGUGUUUGCAAAGCAUUAGAGGCUGUCAAUCUCAGGAGUUCUAUAGCUUCCAGCACUCAAAACAUAAAGGCAUGCAAUAAUUCCUACCAAGCUGCCUUACCCGAGAUCAAAGAAGUUUUAAGGUUUGCUUGUGAGACUCAUAGAUUACCCCUGGCUCAGACUUGGGUUCCUUGUAUCCAGCAAGGUAAAGAGGGGUGCCGACAUUCCACUGAGAACUAUGUUCAUUGUGUGUCUACUGUGGAUGAUAUCUGCUAUAUAGCUGAUCCGAAUAUCCGGGGUUUCCAUGAAGCUUGCUCUGAGCAUCACUUGUUAAAAGGUCAGGGUGUUGUCGGGGGAGCAUUUAUGACUAACCAACCAUGCUUCUCAGCUGACAUAACUUCCUUUAAAAAGACUGAAUAUCCUCUUGCCCACCAUGCCAGGAUUUUUAAAUUGCAUGCUGCUGUUGCAAUACGUCUGCGAUGCAUUCACACUGGUAAAACAGAUUUUAUCUUGGAGUUUUUCUUACCUGUGGACUGCAGAGCUCCAGAGGAACAGAAGAAGAUGCUUAAUUUACUGUCCAUCAUUAUAGAACAAGUAUGCUGUAGCUUAAGGGUUGUAACAGAUAAGGAGCUAGAGGAAGAAACAGAUUUGGCAGUUAGUGAAGUUAUAGCCCCUUCAGACGGCAUACCUAGUGGAGAAGAGUUGUCAAAAGAGCAGUGCACUCAUCAUUCACAAAGGUGUUCUAGAGAAAAUUCAUCUUGGACUGCCGGUCUCACUGAGGUCCAACGGAGCAGUGACGCUGCAUUGGUACUUGGAAAAGAAAAACAAAGGGCAGUGUUGGAUGUAAAAUUAUCUGAGGUGAAGCAGCAUCAAGAACAUAUUAGCCUAAGAGAAAGUGUUGAAUGUGGAGAUUCUACUUUUAAUGAGAUUAGCUUUUCGAGUGUGGCAGUGGGAAAAGCAGGAGAGAAAAGGCGUGCCAAGGUAGAAAAAACAAUCACUUUGCAAGUUCUCCGCCGAUAUUUUGCUGGAAGCCUAAAAGAUGCAGCAAAAAGCAUUGGUGUGUGCCCAACAACGUUGAAAAGAAUCUGUAGGCAACAUGGAAUAAAUCGCUGGCCCUCUCGAAAAAUCAAGAAAGUUGGAUACUCCUUACAGAAACUCCAACACGUCAUUGACUCAGUACCAGGUGCCUCUGGUGCUUUUAAUAUUAGUACCUUCCAUACAAACUUUUCAGAGCUGGUCUCUCCAAAGUUAUUGGGAAACAGUACAUUAUCGACCUCAAGGCUGAAUGAUCAGGCAAAGCAAACAAACAUACAGCCUGAGGGUUUUAAUUUCCUGUCCCAAGCUGCUACUUCAAAUUCACCUUCCUCCUCAUGUAGUCAGAGUUCCAGUUCAAGUCAUUGCUGUUCCGGUGGAACACAUCUACCUUCAAAAUUUAACAUUUCUGGUAAUGAAGAUCUUAUAAUUGGAAAGAGCUCUGGGGAUGGUGAGAUGAAGAGGGUCAGAAGUGAGGCAGAGCUGCAUGUCUUAAGUCAAGAAGGAUCAAAUUUGUUCCCAAGAUACCAGAGCCUUAGAUCUCUUAAGGAACAGCUUAUUUCUGACAGUCUUCAACCUAUAUCCAAGAAUACUAGCCAAAUUGCUCAAGAUUUGGAUGCUCAAAGGGUAAAGGUCACAUAUGGAGAUGAGAAGAUACGGUUCCGCAUGCAGAGAAAAUGGCGGUUUAAAGAUUUAUUGCAUGAAAUUACAAGACGAUUUAAUAUAGAGGAUAUAAGUAGAUUCGAUCUCAAGUACUUGGAUGAUGAUUCUGAGUGGGUCUUAUUAACUUGUGGUGCGGAUUUGGAGGAGUGUAUUGACGUAUGUCGAUCAUCUCAGGGGAACACAAUUAAACUCUCAUUGCAAGUUUCUCAUCAUCAUUUGGAUCGGUCUUCCUGAAUCAGUGGUCCUUAGUGAUAUAAAGUUGUAAUAGCAACAGUUACAACCGGAUAUGAAUGCUUUCUCUCAUUGAUUCGGAUUUGGCUCUAAUCUUGCUGUUUAAGUUAUGAGAAAGAGAUCUUGGCAACAAUCUGUAAAGCAAAGUUUUUGAGAGCAGAAAUCUUAAUGCUCCUCAGUGACAGUAACACUGUUGGAUGAAGUGCUGGAGGAAACAAUCUUUCUUUGCCUAGCAGAGAGGUUAAAUAAAAGGAGUGCUUGUGGCAGGAUUCGGAGAAGUGAAGAUGACUAUUUUCCGCAUGGCAAAAUAGAUACUGGAGCCGAAGGUGGUUUUAAUUUUAAAAGUUUCAUCCGAUACCAUGAAAGCCAUCUUAAAGCUACGUCUCUGUUAACUGAGUAUAGGCUGAGUGCUUGAAGUUGGUGCAUUUGGAAUCUCUUCUUUUUUGGCUGAGAUUUGCUGUAUUUUUAGUCAUUGACUGGAGUUGCAAUUAAAAGCUGCUAUGUAAAAAAAGAAUAAUAUAAUAAGAAUAGUAAUAAAGAAGAGAUUUUGAUUCUCUUUUGAUAUCCUAUGAAUUAUAAGAAAUUGAUAUGUUGUCUAUAAGCUAGCUUUCUUUUUCUUUUUCGUGUACACUGCUAGUGCUAUGGGGAUAGUGAUGAUAGAGACAUCCAAGUUUCACUUUAGACCAUGAUGGGUAAUGGGUGACAGCCUAGCCUAGGGAGGGAACGCCAGGAAUUCCAUCGUGGGUGGAAUGCUAUUAUCUCGUUUGCUUGGAGGCCUGGAAUAACUAUUUCGGGUGGGGACUUAUUCCAGUCGAACUCCAAAUAAACUAUUACUCUCCUCUUGAUGGGGGAGUAAGUCUUUGUCUUCCUUUGUGUACUUCAAAAAAAAAAAAAACUCGCUUUCCUUGGCAGAGUGAGCGUUUCGGAUGGGUUGUGGCUGUUUGCUGUUUUUCUUAUGCAUAAUAAGUUUUAGGUCUUACAACAUCCAAAAUAACAUCUUACAACAAUCUACCUAAGAUAAAAGUAAAAGAUAAUAGUUUAAUUAUUUCGGAGAU